AGAAUUUUACAGGUGAAAAAUGGGGCAUUUUGAUUCUGCGAAAGAGUUCUACUAUGACACCUUGUCAAGGGGAGAUAAGAGAGUUGAAAACUGGGUAUUAAUGGCGACCCCUAUACCAGUCAUCAUGUUUUUUGUGGCGUACAUUGCGGUUGUAGUAGCUGGUCCUCGUAUCAUGGCGGGCAGAAACCCUUUCAACAUCAAAUACCUCUUGUUUCCUUAUAAUGUAGCUCUAGUGAUUCUAUCAGUGUACAUGUUUAAGGAGUUUCUGAUCACCUCUCUCAGAUCUAACUACAGUUAUUUAUGUCAGCCUGUUGACUAUUCAGAGAGUCCUCUAGCUAUGAGAAUGGCCAAUGUUUGCUGGUGGUUCUUCUUUUCCAAAGUGAUUGAAUUGCUUGAUACAGUGUUUUUCAUAAUGCGCAAAAAGUUUGACCAGGUGACCUUUUUGCACGUGUACCAUCACAGCAGUAUGAUAUUUAACUGGUGGUUUGGUGUAAAAUACGUUGCAGGUGGUCAAUCAUUCUUUACGGGUAUGUUGAAUUCAUUCGUCCAUAUCUUCAUGUAUUCGUACUACGCCCUCUCGCUACUGGGACCCAAUGUUCAGAAGUACCUCUGGUGGAAGAGAUAUCUAACUAGACUCCAAUUGAUUCAGUUUUUCGCCUUUGUUGUCCAUACUGGAUACAACCUCAUAACAGACUGUGAUUUUCCGCAGAGUUUUAACAUUGCUGUUUUUCUUUACGCAAUUUCUCUAAUAAUCCUAUUCGGGAAUUUUUACUACAGAGCAUAUACGCUAAGACAAAGAGACAAUAGGACUGCCAAGAAAACAUCAUAGAUGCUACUUAAUGAUCAAACUAACUUGCCAUUCACUGAAUAGUUACAUAUACUCAAUAUAUACUCAAUGUAGAAAUUGUGUACGUUUUUGUCUUAUAUUGUAUUUUUUUAAUUUGUUACUAUGAAUACCAGUGAACUUUACAAACAUAAUAAGAUGUGCUAGAGGUUGCUUUCAUUUAUGUUUUUUAAAA